UGCUCUGCUCCGCCUCCAGUCUUCUUUGUGGUCAACCUACUGUUGUUUGCGACCGGUUUUUAGAGGAAUAUUUAUAAAUUACAGAAAGAUGCAGGGAAACCGAGGACCCCGUCCCGAACACCAUAACCACGGUCCCUCGAGACAGCAGCCCAACCCCCAGCACGAGCAGCAGAGGAAACCUACCGGAGGAUCGGACAGCAACGGGCAGCACACGGAGCCCUCGGAGCAGGCCAGCCCCAACGUUGCCCUGACUAUAGACCUACAGAGCUUUAGGAAGCCGGGAGAGAAGACCUACACACAGCGUAGUCGGCUGUUUGUGGGGAACCUGCCUGCUGGCACUACCGAAGAAGAAGUGGAGAAGUUGUUCUCCAAAUAUGGCAAACCCUCCGAGAUCUUCAUCAACAAGGACCGCGGUUUUGGCUUCAUCCGCCUGGAGACGAAGACGCUGGCGGACAUCGCCAAAGCAGAGCUGGACGACACACAGUUCCGUGGGCGUCAGAUCCGCGUGCGCUUCGCCACACAUGGUGCUGCGCUCACGGUCAAAAACCUGCCGCAGUUCGUGUCCAAUGAGCUUCUGGAGGAGGCGUUCGCCCUGUUUGGCCCCAUCGAGCGUGCCAUUGUCAUCGUGGACGACCGCGGCCGCCCCACGGGGAAGGGCAUCGUCGAGUUUGCCAACAAACCCUCAGCCCGGAAGGCCCUGGACCGCUGUGCUGACGGAGCCUUCCUGAUCACUUCGUUUCCACGGCCAGUGACAGUGGAGCCUAUGGAGCAGUUGGAUGAAGAUGAGGGCCUUCCAGAGAGACUGAUCAGCAAGAACCCGCAGUACCACAAGGAGCGGGAGCAGCCUCCGCGCUUCGCCCAGCCGGGCUCGUUCGAGUACGAGUACGCCAUGCGGUGGAAGGCCCUGAUGGAGAUGGAGAAGCAGCAGUUUGAGCAGGUGGACCGGAACAUCAAAGAGGCUCAGGAGAAGCUGGAGCAGGAGAUGGAGGCAGCGCGGCACGAACACCAGGUCAUGCUGAUGAGGCAGGACCUGCUGCGACGGCAGGAGGAGCUCCGGCGCAUGGAGGAGGCUCACAACCAGGAAGUGCAGAAGAGGAAACAGCUGGAGCUCCGCCAGGAGGAGGAGCGUCGUCGUCGGGAGGAAGAGCUACGCGCUCACACCGAGGACCUGAUGAGGAGACAGCAGGGGGCAGCAGGGGGCUUCGGAGAGAAGAGGGAACAGGAAAUGAGGAUGCACAUGGGUGGUCAGGGCUUGCCAAUGAACAGGAACCCAAUGGGAGGAAACGCUGCAGCACCAGGAGCCCCCAACAUAACUGCCAAUGAGGGAGCUGGAGGGAAUCCUGGUGGGCUUCCUCUGCCCUUCCCCCGCCCUGGACCACCUAUCGACUUUGGCCCAAACAAACGUCGCCGAUUCUGAGUGUCUAGGCCAGACCUGCCUCUUUGCCUCCCUCUCUCUCUCUCGCGCUCUCUCUCUCUCUCUCUCUCUCUCUCUCUCUCUCUCUCUCUCUCUCUCUCUCUCUUUCUCCCCUUCUGUCUUUCCCACCCUUUUAUCUUCUCCAUUUGUCUUUUUUCCCCUCAUUAAUUUUUUUACACACACUGUACAAUAUUUUUAAGUCCAAAAUAUAGGUUAGUUGUUCUUGCACACAUUUUUAUGAGGUGUGGCAAAUGUGUGAUUUGUUUUAAGCUUAGAAAUGUAUUCAUUUUGAUUUACCAUCUUGUACCAUGAGGGUGAAUGUUUUGUAUAGACGUUUUUUUUUUUUUGUUUGUUUUUGUUUUGUUUUAUCGUGAUAUUUUUAUUUUGUAUUUCACCCAGUGUACUUUUUAUAUAGGGUUAGUAAAUUCGUUUAUGUCCGUCACAUUUUCUGAAAUGCCUGUAUUUCUAAAACGGCUUACAAUAAAUUCAGAAUUCCAUGUUA